AACGCCUGCACUGUUACAUCACGUUGUGUAGAAUGCUGCACUCACUGCCAAGUGAUGCAAGACUGUGAUAAUGGGCGCUCCGCCCACCCGCAUAAAUAGUGCGUGGGAAACAGGCAUCGAACAUUUACAGCAUAGUUAGUGGCUGAGAGCUGUAAAGAUGACGGAUAUCGAAGACUUGCUGCCCCAGAAUUUUGCCUAUGUCAUCCUGACUUUCAUCUACAGCUAUGUAAUGCUGAUGUACCUCGGUAUAAAUGUGGGGAAAGCAAGGAAGAAGUAUGGAGUGAAGGUAUAGUAGGUGCACGCUUUUCCCUGGAGACACUGCAUUGUUUACUUGUUUUUUAGUAAAAGUUUAUCUGCUGCCACGCUCAGGAGUCCAUUUGUAAAUAUUAUUUUUGUGGUAUACUAAAAAAAAAAAAAAAAAAAGCUUAUUCACUAAACUCCUGAUUGUCAUACAUUUUCUUUUAAAAAUAAUCAGUAUGUGACAAUCUAGGUCAGUUCUUUCAAGCCAUUGGAAAUUGUAUUUGUUACAGUUGGGAGUUUAGAGAAUAUACCGCUAGUACUUGCAAAACACUUGAAAUGUUUUCAGAAACAUGUUAAGAUGCAUAUUUAUCUGCAGAAAUACAACUGAGCUCUGAGUCCAACCCUCAAAACAGACCAGGUUUAAAGUUCUCUAUUUUUGAGCACUCCAGGCUUGAUCCAACUACCCCACCCACACACAUAUUAAAUGCAUUAUAGAGACAACACAUCAAAUAUGUUUAGAAAAGAUGAGAUGCUCAACUCAGAAUGUCCCAGAUUUGCUGCUAAUCAGAACUGAGAAGGAAUGCGCACUCUCAGUGGGUUACUCCGACUCUAUUUGCCGCUUUUUUCCCCAAAUAAUACCCUAAAAUAAUGUUAUAAAAGUUACCUUUCCACUCCCUGACUGACGUCAUUGCAGUCGUCGCAAGGUCCUGAUUGGACUUUCUAACCUGUUUAGAGCAUAUGUGCAUUGUCUGCGCCGACAAGAGAAAAGGAGGGGGCGGUGAGGAUAUGAGGGGCGAUUAAAACGGAGGGUAUAGGGAAGCUGGAGGGUUAACCCCUUGCAGGCUGUGUCUGAAAGGGAAAAGCAUUGCCAACGUGCAGUGUGUAGUGACGACAAAAUUAUUUUUUGCACAGAAUUGACAUUUGGCAAUUUGGAACAGAGUUCAAAAUGAAUUUGUUGGGGUCAUAAUAAACUGCUGGGCAAAGCGUUCCAUACACCUCACUUUUGGAUCGAACGUUCAGGGAGAGCCUUUCAGUGAUACACAGACGACGUGUUUCAAUUUGGGCUACUACCAAUGUAUCCAGACUCAGGCAAAUAUAUUUAUAGACAGAAGUUACAGCAAAAGUAAUAUGACAAGAUCACAUCAGGUAAACACGAUAUUGCUUAUUCAGCAACCAACAACAUGUAUUUCUAGUAGCGAGGUCAAAGGUUCUCAUUGAUGGUCGGCAACAGGUUCAAACUAGAUUAUUUCACGAAUACGCUGCCCAUUUACACUAAUCAUGUAUUUACUUUUUUAACCCUUUCAAUAGCUGAUUUGGAUAACUAGAACAAUUUUUUAAUAUAUAUAUCCACACAACAUACAAGAUCCAGCGCACUCGCUGAUUUACUAAACAGCAAUUUCAAAUCUCACAGAAUGAUAGUUUUAUUUAAAAACAUCUUACCUAAGAAAUAAUUACCGGGGGAUUUAGUUAUGCUAUGAUCAUACAUUACAUAAGCCUGCCACAACGUCAAUGUACCUCAUUCUUGGCAGUUCAUCCUCUUAUGCCGAAUGACCGCUAGAGUAGGACCUGCCAAGAAUGAGUAACAUUGACGUGGUGGCGGGCUUAUGCAAUGUAUGAUCAUAUACUGUAACUAAACCCCCAUCAUUUUUUUGCCUAGGUGAGGUUUUUAAAUAAAACUAUAGCAUUCUGUGAGACAUGAAAUUGAUGUUUAGUGAAUGAGCGAAUGUGUUGGAUUUUGUAUGGUAUAUAAAUGGGCCCCAGCAGCACCCUAUAAUGUAUGCUCAGGUGAGUGCAGAUAUAUUAUAUAUAGAUAUAUAAUUUGGACUGUUGAAUACCGUGACCAUUUCAGCCAUUUAGGAGUAGUAGGAAUUUGAGCACAAUUUUUAUUUCUAUGUUUUGUUUGAAUCCCUAAUUAUUCAUUCUUUCACGAAUAACCCGGUUUGUUUAAAUAAAAUACGUUUACUUUUAUAGGGAGGAUAGUCAUUGCUGUAACAUCGUAUCAUGUGUGAUUUAACCCCUUAGCGACUGAGGACGGUUCAGGACCGUCAUCGGCAUUUUUGCCUUGAGGACCGAUGACGGUCCUGAACAGUCCUAACGGUCUGGGGGUACUUACCUGAUCGCCGUCGUUCCCCCGGCGGCGAUCAGCGUUGCUCCGGUUGUGGGGAGACUGCCUGCAGCCCAGACAGUCUCCCCACACUGGAUUAGGACCCCUGUGGCCAUGUGAUCGCUUAACACAGCGAUCACAUGGUCACAAUAGGUGUCCAUAGUGCUGCCUGCAGGGGGACUGCCUGUGCUGACAGGCAGUCUCCCUGCUAGUGUAAAAUCAAAAAAAAAAAUAAAGUUAAUGGUAAUACAAAAAAUAAUAAUAAUUAUAUAUGUGUAUAAAUAUGAUAUAUAGACAUAUUAUAUCUAUAUAUGUCUAUCAUAUAUAUAAAUGUCAUACUAAGUGUAUUUUUAUAUUAAUAUGUACUUAUAUUAAUAUAAAUACACUUAUAAUUAAAUUACGCACUAUAUAUAAUAUAUAAUAACUAUAUAUAUUGUGUGUAUAUAUAUAUUAUUAUAAAAUAUAAAUAAGUAAUUUAAAUUAAAUAAAUUUAAAAUAAUAAUAAAAAAAUUAAAAAUUAUCUAUAUGAAAUUUUAUUCUAACUGUAUUUUAAAAUUAAUAUAUAUAUAUAUAUUUAUAUCAAAAUACACUUAGAAUGAAUUUGUAUAUAUAUCUAUGUAUAUAAAAAUAAUAAGAAAUAUACAUAUGUCCAUAUACAAAUUACAUAAAUAAUUAUAUAAAUAUACACGUAGACUUCAAAUAUAUAAAUAUGCAUAUAUAUUUAAAUUCUACAUGUGUAUUUAUGUAAUAUUUUUACAUAAUUCAGUAAUUUUAUUGAUUGCAAUUUGAGGGACCUGCCUGCCAACCCAGGCCGAAAUUCCAGAGAAUUGAAUUUGCUAGCACUGUAUUUUACCCUGUAACGCUCUACGACACCCUAAAACCUGUACAUGGGGGGUACUGUUUUACUCGGGAGACUUCGCUGAACACAAAUAAUAGUGAUUCAAAACAGUAAAACAUAUCACAGCGAUGAUAUUGUCAGUGAAAGUUACUUUUUUUGCAUUUUUCACACACAAACAGCACUUUUACUGAUGAUAUAAUUGUUGUGAUACGUUUUCCAGUUUUUAAACACUACUAUUUGUGUUCAGCGAUGUCUCCCGAGUAAAACAGUACCCCCCAUGUACAGGUUUUAUAGCAUUUUUGAACGUUACAAGGUCAAAUAUAUGGGUCAAAUAUUUUUACAUUGAAAAUGGCCAGGUUGGUUACGUUGCCUUUGAGAGCGUAUGGUGGCCCAGGAAUGAGAAUUACCCCCAUGAUGGCAUACCAUUUGCAAAAGAAGACAACCCAAGGUAUUGCAAAUGGGGUAUGUCCAGUUGUUUUUAGUAACCACUUGGUCACAAACACUGGCCAAAAUUAGCGUUCAAUUUAGUUUUUUUACUUUUUCACACACAAACAAAUAUGAAUGCUUACUUUGGCCAGUGUUUUCGACUAAGUGGCUACUAAAAAAGACUGGACAUACCCCAUAUUGAAUACCCUGGGUUGUCUACUUUAAAAAAAAUAUGUACAUGUGGGGUGUUAUUCAGAGAUUUAUGACAGAUAAUAGUGUUAUAAUGUCACUAUUGAUAAAUUUAAAAAAUUUAUGUUUUGAAACUGCAAUAUUCUACUUGUACCUAUAGCCAUAUAACAUGCAAAAAAAAGCAAAAAAGCAUGUAAACACGGGGUAUUUUUAAACUCAGGACAAAAUUUUGAAUCUAUUUAGCAGUUUUUUUUAAUUCGCUUUUGUAGAUGAGUAAAAGAUUUUUCAAGUAAAAGUCAAAAAACAUGUAUUUUUUUCAAUUUUUCAUCAUAUUUUUUUAUUUUUUUUAAAUUAAAAUACAUGAGAUUAUAUAAAUAAUGGUAUGUAAAGAAAGCCCCUUUUGUCCUGAAAAAAACAAUAUAUAAUUUGUAUGGGAACAGUAAAUGAGAGAGCGGAAAAUUCCAGCCAAACACAAACACCACAAAAGUGUAAAAAUAUGCCUGGUCGCAAAUGUACAACAUCGCAAAAACAGUCCAGUCUUUAAGGGGUUAACAAUAUUUAGUUUGAAUUUUCACUUGUGACAGGUUUCUUUGUAGUUCUAGAUCUCUUCUUCUUGGUGUUUCUUAAAAACCACUCAUUUCACGUUGCAAAAAUGCUUGUCAUGCUGACUACACAGAAAAUUCUGUAAUUGAACUUUUAACCAGUUGUCUAAUACUACAGAACACAACCCUGUAGAAACCUGUUAGACUAGAAAGAGAUUCAGGGAAAACAUUCAAUAUGUAGUAUUGAAUAGUAUCAGCUAACAAUAUAUAGCAUUUGAAAUUCAACAAAACAAUAAGUUAGUAAAAUUUGGAAACUGAAAUGAGCACCUUCCAAAUAUGAUUCUGUAACCUCUAUAAAUCAUGGAAACUGUGUAUUAUCGGCAUCAGUAUUGUGCUCAGUAGCGCAGCUGAAUUGUUUUAUUUUAACAGUUCCUCAUACCCUCAUCAGACUCACAAAAUUCAUAGCAACUACGCAUAGUGUGUGCAAAAAUAGAGAUCUAUAGAAAUCUAUACAUUGUGUCCAUUAUUCUAUUUUGGAUGGGUAGGCAGGUAGAUUUAAUCCAGGUGUUUUCCCCACCAAGUUUGCAUAUGUAUCCUGUGCACAAAAUUUACAGUGGGACUGUGACCUCAAAACCACCGUGGACAGGGUAUUAAAAGAGCUUAAAGACUUAGUAAAGGAAUAUUUCGAAUUCCAUUUCCUAGCUGUUUUUUUGUAUUUCAACAUAUUUCAUUUUCCAUGAUAGAGAAGAUUUCAUGUAAUUGAAUUGACGAUGGCCACAAAAGUUCUAAUCUCAAAAUACUGGCUUAAACAGGAUAUCCCCUCUUGGCUACAGGUUGUAAAUCAGGUUGAAUAACCAUGUAACAUGGAAAAGGACAUCUAUCAGGAAAAUAUUAAAUGGUAUGAUAAAAAAAAUGGACACCUUGGCUGGGACGGCUUAUAUUAAAACAAGACUAGUCCUUUCUUUACAACCUUUAUCAUUUGUACUAAAGUCUAACGGGCCAAUAGCCUCGUCAGGGACUAUUAAUAAAUACUCCCAACUUAUUUGUCUAAUACAAUCUAAUAUUAAAAUAUAUAUAUAUUUUUUUUCCUCUUUCUUUUCCCCCUUUCAUCCCAACGUCUCCAGAUGGCCAGCAGUUCCCUUCUGUUAUAGUCCAUUGUCAAUGUAAUGUCAUGUUGUCAUUUUAUACGAAACAAUCAAAGUAUGCCAAUUUAGUUAUUUAAAGGGACACUAUAGCCACCAAAAUAACUACAGCUUAAAGGGACACUAUAGUCACCAGAACAACUGAAGCUUAAUGUAGUUGUUCUGGUGAGUAUAAUAGCUCCCUUCAGGCAAUUUCAUGUAAACACUGCCUUUUCAAAGAAAAGGCAGUGUUUACAUUGCCCAUAGGGAAAUACAUUGCAUACAUUGCCCAUAGGGAAACCUCCAAGUGGUCACUCCUCAGAUGGCCACUGAAGGGUUUCCUGGCUCCAGGCUGCACAGUAAGCAGCCCAGUCGUUCAGUGUCCUAAUGCUCUGCAUGGGGACGCUGAAUUUUCCUCAGAGAUACAUUGAUUCAAUGCAUCUCUAAUGAGGAGGAGGUGCUGAUUGGCCAAAACGGCAUUUGGCCCCGCCCUGUUGCUGAUUUUAGAUAAUCCAAUGCUUUUCCCAUGGGUUUUCACUAUAGGGUCAGGAAUACAUGUUUGUGUUCCUGAACCUAUAGUGAUCCUUUAAUAUUUGUUCUGGUGAAUAUAAUCAUUUCCUCCAGGCAUUUUCAUGUAAACCCUGCCUUUUCAGAAAAAAGGCAGUUUUUACUUUGCCGUCUAGGGACACCACCAGUGGCCACUCCUCAGAUGGCUACUAGAGGUGCUUCCUGAGGCAGUGCUGCAUAGUGUGCAGGACUGCCAUUCAGUGUCCCCAGUGUGUUUUUUUUCUCAGAGAUGCAUUCGAAUCUCUAUGCGGAGGUGCUGAUUCGUUUGGCCCCACCACCAUCCUGCCUCUUUGCUGAUUUCAGCGAAUGAAUUGGCUUAAAUUAUAACUUCUGAUGAUGUAAGCAAGGAGGCAGAACUGGGGCGGGGCCAGCGCCAGCAGAUCCACACGCCUCUGUAAAUAAGGUGAGUUUUAACCCUUUAUAAGAGGAAAAGGGGGCCCUAUAGAAAACACUAUAGGGUCAGAAAUACAUGUUUGUGUUCCUGACCCUAUAGUGUUCCUUUAACCCCUUAAGGACACAUGACAUGUCAUGAUUACCUUUUUAUUACAGAAGUUUGGUCCUUAAGGGGUUAAAGUCAAUUGUGUGUUUUGUCAAAGAAAGGAUGGGAGAAGAAAUAUAUUAAGGUCAGAGGGUGAAAUGAACCCAGUUAUCUAAAGAACAAGGAUUGGACAAGUGCCCUGACCACUAGAUGGAAACGGAGUAAAAACUUAAAUCUUUAUUGGGUAUCUGUUAAGAAGAAUAAGAAAUAUAGUAGUAAACUUGAAAACAAUGAUACACACACACACACACACACACACACACACACCUCAUGUUAACCAAGGUAUUUACAAGUGUGCAUAGAUACAAGUAUAAAACAUAUAACUAACUACAUACAAAGAAUGUCCAAUGGUGUGAGUCUAAAUGUUGUAAACACAGAACCUUAUCUUAAUUGUUGUAGGGUAUUAAGUCUAAAGGUAAUAUUGGCUCUGUGACAAGCUGUUAGAUCUAACUCUGUGUACAAGUUGGGCAACUUGUGCAAAGUCUCUAUUCCUGCAGCAUCCUAGUGAAACCUAGCAAACUGAAGAGCAACAAUGUUGCAAGCAGGUUAUCUAGAUACAAAGCCAAGGAGAAACCUCAACUAAAUAGUGCUAUCAAAUGAGCAUAUAUUACCACGUUAGUUUACUCUAAAAUCUACACCAAACUAAUGCAUGUGGUCCUCCAACACUCUAAAAGUAAGUAUCACUGUCUUGUGCCCAAAGGGGCACCCGGGUUGGGAAUAUAAGCCAAAGCUAAUAGUCUCUUGGAUACAAAAUAAUGUGUUGGCAGAGCAAAAAAGACAUACGGCACUGCUACUAUACCUCUAUUCUGUGCCUUCAAGGACACCAGGGCUUGACAUCCAAAGUGAACUCUCCCUAAUAACAGCAGUGCGGUAAUAUAACGAGCAUACCUGAACCUGUCGAAACAAGAGAGAAGGGGGAUCCUGCCUUCUCUGAAUUGUCGAGUGGUAUGAAUACUAUGACGCCAGAAUCGGCUACGAUCUAAGGUGUCCAAAGUAUAACUGAGCCCCGACGCGCGUUUCCCCGGUUGGGCGAAGAAGAGCCGCGUUUUGUCAACUUAAGCUUUUCCCAUAAGACAAAGUAAUUCCUGCUUGAUCGUAUGAUAGCUUUUAUUAGCAUGGCCAAUAUGGACAAAGCAGCCAAGAAAUUUUUUUUUUUUUUUUAUUCUUUAUUUUUGUUAUGCAGGUGAGUACAAGGCGCAUACAUACGCCACAACAGAGUAUAUUUAUGGUUAAACAUAGGUUAAACUGUGGCAUGGAAAAAUUUGCACAUUUUUGUUUUAAAUAACAAAGUAAUCUAGGCACACAUGUUCAAGUGAUAACAAUCCGUAUGAGAUCGAACGUGCUUGCAGCAUCCUGACCGCCUUGGUAUUUAGAGAUUGUACUUAAGAAUAAUACAGUAACAUGGUAUAAACAGUUGCACCAGUCUGCGAUUCUGUGCCAUGAUGACUAAUGUAUUUAGAUAAUCAGGCAUUAACUAUAGCAAUAACAAGCUAUUGAAUAAGCUGUCACAUUUUUGUCAUGAGUGACUUCAUAGACAUGUCCUAGGAGGACAAAGCAAUAGCUCUUAGUCUGCACUUUUUUGUUACUUAUGCACCAAGUGCCACUGCUGGUGUGUGGAAGAAUAACAGGGUGAAACUGGGGGUUAAGUACGGUUUGCAUAACCUGGAUUAGAUAAAGGGGCCUAUGCCUAUAUGUACAUGCUCGGGGACGAUGCCAUUGUAUGCUGAGUGGAUGAAACCGCUAAGCUAUGCAGAGAGUGGAUGUACAUUUAUAAGCUCAAUGUUGGUUGUCAGUGAGGGGACACAUAAGAUGCACAUUAAAAUUAAGAUCCAGACAGGGAUGACAAAGUGGAAUGUAAGUGGUUAACCUGGAAUACUCUUGAACUGGGGAUUACUAAAGAGCAUGUUAAGCUUGCAUUCAGCUACCAUAGUUAUGGCAUGUAGCAUAGUGCUUGACUUGGUUGUCAGCCUAUCCCCAUCAUAGGGAAUUUACUGUCCCACAGAGCAUGGGCUUGCAAACCCACAGCCGGAGGUGGUAGCUGCUGAUCUCGCUUGUGCAGGUGCCUUUCUCCCUUCUCCUCGGCUCUCUGCUUGUCGUUCAUGUGUUUCAAGGGGCUGUAUGGCUGUGGAGCUCCACGGCUCACCGCUUGUCUGCUCAUUGCCUUUCGUUGCGCGGCUUGUUUUGCGGCACGUGGGCGCUUCCUCCGCCGUCUCAGGCGUAGCGGGCCUCUGGCGAGUGCUGUCGGGCUGCUUGGUGUGUGACAGGUAGGUCGCAUAGGAGUUAUCACGGUCUCGUGUAGUGUCUGCUUGGCCCUUAGCUUCUCCCAAAAUGCUUCGAUGAGGGCAUCCAGGCGCUGGAGAGUAGUGGAUACCACUCCUCCUUGGGUGAGGGCCACCGCGGCGUCCGCCAUCUUAGGGAGACCUUUGGCGGUAAUGUCGGCUUCUAAGGUACUGCCGUGGCUCCUUGGUGGGUCACGAGAGCCUGCCGGGUGGGGACCGGGAUAACCCCCACCGGUCCAAAGGGGGGGGCAGCGGGGUAUCAGUAGCUCGCUUGGGGCUCCGGCAGCACCUGUCCGAGAGAGCGGCCGCCUCUCCCCCCCCAGGGCGCCCACUAGGCCCCAUUGCAUCUUGGCUACCAGAUCGCUUGAGAGGGCUGCAGGGUGUGUUCCUCGGUCCCUCUGUCAUGUCAUAGGACUGAGAGGGGGUAUCAGGCUUAGGUAUAGUCGCUGGAUUAGCUCAGGAUCUCAGUUUGUACAUUACGUUCCAGGGAGCUCCCCAGAAACACGUCUAGUCGCCAUGCUGGUCAGGCCCCGCCCCCGCCAAGAAACCUUUUAAUAAAGAUUUUAUAUUUCUCUAUGAGAAGAAUUAUUAGCCAAAUGUAUUUAACUAAUAUUGCAAUGCUUUAAUUUGUCUCACUGCAGGCACAGGGCAUAUGUGGGGGGGGGGUGUGUGUGUGUAUAUAUAUAUAUAUAUAUAUAUCUCUAUAUCUCUUAGAGAAUUCCAAGUAGUGGGGCUAUUUUGUUUGUGUAUAUGAAAAAUGCAACAGAGUAUUUAAAUAGGAAUUAAGCACCCAUAUAAAGAAAUGCAGAUAAUUCUAGAGAGUUUGCAGAAAUAUCCACAUCCACUUUGUCCACAUAUUUAGGUUUAUUCGCUAAACAAACAAGUUGAUGUACAUCUAAAUUAGACUUUAGUACACACCUCCAGUUUGUUUCCAUUUUAUGUUGGUACUGCGCAAUCCGUUUUCUAACAGUCCUUCCUUUCUCAUUGCAGUAUCCACAGAUGUACUCUGACAAGGAGAAUGUGUUUAAUUGUAUCCAGAGAGCACAUCAGAACACACUGGAAGCAUAUCCCGCAUGGUUGAUCUUCCAACUGAUAGCAGGUCUUGCAUAUCCAGUAAGUUAAUGCAUUUGUGUAUGUAUGAACAUUAUUGUGAGAUCCAGCAUUUUUGUUUGUGUCCUAGAACAUCAUAUAAUAAUAUGCCACAAACCCUGUCUAAAUGAAAAGCUGCAAUUCAAUGUCAGAUUAGUUUGAAUUCUAAUCUGACAUUGCACAGUUGCUCUGAUUCACUAUAAUCUGUAGAAAUUCUAAAUGUUGUUCAUACAGUGGGAGGUGGAUCUAGACCAGGGGUUCCCAAUUGAUGUUUUCGUGUUGAACCCUUUGACAUAGUGUGUGUGUGGGGGAGUUCCACAAUGUUGAUACACUGACACACAGAUACACACACCUUGAAACACUGUGUGUGUGUGUGUAUGUAUGUGUGUGUCAAGGUGUUUGUAUUUGUGUGUCAAAGUGUGUGCAUCUGUGUUUGUAUGUGUCUGUGUAUGUGUCACCUUGACACACAGAUACACACUGGCACACACCUUGACUCACAAAUACACACACUGACAUACAAACACACACACUGACACAUACACACUCUUUGACAGACACACUCUCACUGACAAACACACAUACUAUUUUACAGACACUGGCAAGAACAGAUACAUUCUUACUGACAAACACAUACACUCACUGACAAGCACACAUUCACUCUCACUGACAGACAUACAAACUCCCUAACACACACACAUACAUUUUUUUUUUUUUAUUAUUAUUUUUUUUUUACAUAAUUAACUCCACCCAGCUCCCAUACCUUUUUUAUGAGUGCUGGCAUGCAGUCCAUGGGGUCCAGUUGGGCUUCUGGUGUGCUGAGCAUGAAGUCCCUGGGGUCCAAAGGGGCUGCUGAGUGGCUGGCGGCGAGGGAGCAGUGGUCUCCCUGCUCAGCUCCCUUGCACGCCUCUUACUGAUGCCGGAGUGACGCCAUAUUCCGGCUCCAGCAUCACUGCAGUGCGCGCAAGGGAUCUGAGCAGGGAGCUCACUGCUCCCUCGCCGCCCGCAGCCAUUUUAUUUUUUAAACUUUUGGCGGAACACCAUUUGGCGAAACGCUGAUCUAGACCAACUAGGUUCACUAAACAGUACAUGGUGCUAAAUUAAAAACUGAAUUGCAUGAUUCAGACUAAACUAGCAAUUCUGUAGGUAAAGUCCAGCAUGAGAUUUUUUCAAAUCUGUUAUUUUAGACUACAUUUUUUUCGAUUUUCUAAAAUUAGUGUUUAGUGAAUUAAUCCCAUUCUAAUUGAAAGGGCUUUUCCAUUUAUCUAUUUGUUUGUUUACUGAUAAAUUAUGUAUAAAAAGAGAAGAAUGGGAAAUAUUACAUUGUAGAAUUGCUGUUUGAAUUGCUGAUUCAAAAUGUCAUAGUAGUAAUCUGUUUAUUUUAAACAGACAUGCCAGUAAAUAGUUGACAUAGCAGUACAUAGUAGUCUGCAAAGAUGGCAGCUAGUGAAAACAGGUGGUGUAUGAUUUUUGUUUGGCCAACAUUAGGUGUAAAAAUAUGAUGUACAAGGUGGGACUUAUCAAGGUGACAAUUACCAUGGAAACCAAUAGAAUGCAGCUCAUAAUUUGCUACUCUGCACUUAAAAUAAUACCUGUUUUGACUUGAUAAAUCUCACAUAAAGUGUAAGUUCCAAAUAUUUAAUUUUUUUUGGGGUGGGGGGGAGGUUUUUUGUAAACACUCCAGCAUGCUUGUCAAUCCUAAAGCGUCACAAGGAUAAUGACUUUGCUCUGUACACAGAAGCAAUGUACUCCUCUGCUCUCACAUCAGUAAAAGCUUCAUUAGCAUUUACUGGGCUGAAGGGAUGUGGAAACGUUGCCCCGUUUGGACUUCAAAUAUGACAUGCUAACUGCAAGCCUGCUUACAAUUCUCUGUGUUAAUUUGUCUUUGGAUUAUUUAUAUUUACUACAGAUAGAAUGACUGCAUUUGCCAAUUCUCUUGUGUCUUUAAUGCUGUUCCUGUAACCGAGCUAAUGCUGUUAUUUUUAUAUUUCCUCCCCCAGUUGUCUGCAUCGGUAUUGGGUGCUAUUUGGGUAACCAGCCGCUUUUCCUACGCCUGGGGAUAUUACACAGGAGGUGAGAACCUACUUAUGGUACACAUGUUAUACUGGCUAGAGGAGACAGAAUCAGGACAGUAUAACAAUACAAUCAUUUACUUGGGUAAUCAAGCAAAUAGUGGGAUGUCUAAAAGUUAUGUUUGUCUGUUUGAGCUUACUAGAUAAGCUCAUGGAACACGCCACUGAAAUGUUGACGAGUCUACUGGGCUUCAACUAUUCACCAACAAUACAUGGAUAAUCCUGACACACCUUAGUGCAUAUUAUAUUUAUAAAUAAUAAUUUUUUAUUUAUUUUUUAUUCGCAUCUGCUACAUAGAUAAUCUUUUGUAUUUUAGGUAAUACUAUCCCAAAUAUCAAUUAAAUAUAUUACUUGUGGGGUGAUAAUGCACCAUUUAUUUUCCACACUACAUGAUAUGUAUGUGACUGUUCCUGAACUGUGUUUCUAAUUCUGUUGCUCUACUUGCAGAUCCACAGAAAAGAAUGAAAGGCGCUUAUGGUUAUAUAGGACUCUUCGGGGUUAUCCUGAUCUCUCUUGCUACAGCUCUGCAACUUCUCGACGUUAUUUAAUUAAAUAACUUACUCUUUGAUAACAUUCCAGUUUGUCUUUAGAAAUUCCUUUUCAGAAUAGGGAUGGAAAUAUAUAGCUGGGUUAGCUCCUGUUACUAUCAAUAUAGAUUUCUGAAAAACAUUUUGUACUAAAAAAUAAAAUACUAAUUAUUCCAUCUUACGUGUGUUGUACUGGAGGUUUUUUUUUCAGUUUUGUUUUCUUUUUAAAGGGUCA